AUGUACUCCAAGUGCGGCCGGCUGGAGAAGGCUCUGAAGAUAUUCGAGAUUUCAGGGCGGCGGAGUGUCGACCACUGGAACGCCAUGAUCGGGGGCCUGGCAGUCCAUGGCUAUGGGCGGCUAGCUCUCCAUCUGUUUCAGGAGAUGGGGAGGCGAUCGCUGCGGCCGGACGACAUCACCUUCAUCAAGGUCCUCACCUUCGACAAAAGGAAAACAUAUGAAGAAUGA